ACCACUACUGCUCGGCAACCCGGCAAGUGCCCAAACAGUACGUGACGACUAGCUAGACCGAGCAAUCGGUACACCGUUUCUUCUCUUGUUGCUGCUACUCGCACUCGCACACUACCACCAUUCCCCUCCCACCACCUUUUAAAAGCCCCCACCAAUCCACGCUACCACCACCACAUCCUGCGCUGCUGCACGCGAAGCUCGCCUCGGCUCUGUUGCAGCUCAGCUCACGGUGGAAGAGGAGAAGAGGAGGCCGACAGCGCACGAGGAGAGGGAGCACAGCAGAACACGCCGACCAGCAGCACCACCACCGGCACCACCGCGCGAUGGCGUGCAUCAACAUGUACAACCCUGACGGCGCGGCGGGGUUCGGCGGCGGCCCGCAGGCGCCGGCCGCGCUGGGCCCGCGCAUCUCCUUCUCCAGCGACUUCGCGGUGGAGCCGCCGGUGCAGAACCGGGCGAUGAGCCUGCGGUGCCACGCGGAGGAGGACCUCAACUUCGAGUUCUCGGUGGGCAGCCACCCCAUGAUGGCGGCCGACCAGCUCUUCUCCAAGGGUAGGAUCCUUCCCCUCAAGGACAACGCCGGGGCCGCCACCGCGGCUCGCCCGCCCACCACGCUGCGCGACGAGCUCCGUGGCGGCGGCGACGACGACGAGAGGGCCUCCACCGCCACCACCAAGGCGUCCUGCCGGUGGAAGGAGAUGCUCGGCCUGCGGAAGGCGCUCUGCGUCGGCGGCAACGGCCCGGCCGCCAAGAAGGCUAGCAGCAGCGACAAGCAGGGCGUCGCCACCGCCACCGACAUGGUCACCGACGACGACAACAUGGCCGCGUCCAAUCAGCAUCAGGAGCUAUGAUGAUGAGGUGACCGCACUACCGAUGGGGGCCGAGACGAGACGAGACAGGCAUCGGGGCACAGAGCCACACACUCCACAUGCAUGAAGCAGCUUAUUUUUGUCCUCCCUCCUUCAGGCUGAUGCUUGCUGUUCAUCGAUCAUCAACCUCUUGAAUCGUGCUUGUCAUCAUCUAUCCAUCCAUCCAUGGGCUAGGUUUUGUAGAUUGUUGUGAGUUUGCUUGUGUGCUAGGUGGCCCGGCCGGCCCGUUGAAAAGAUCCAACAAAAAAAAAGUGUGUAUUUUCACUCUCUAGCAACCUGUCCACUCACUAGCAGAUCCAUGGCCAGUCGUCUUUGCUUCUUUUUUCUUCCAGUCUUUCUUUCACGUUCUUGGCUUUCUCCUCCUCGACUCCACCCUGUACAAAGUGGCUGUGUACUACUCGUAGAUGGGAAAUUUAUGGUGCAAUGAUUAGAUUUGCCAGGUGGCCAGAUCUGUGAGGUGAGGAGGCUCUACUUCACCACUGAUGGAUGGAGCCUCACCUCACUGGCCGCCCCUGUCCCUGUGGCCUGUGGGGAUCGAUCAGCAGUGCUCUUCUUUGUCUCGUUGCUCGGCUGGAUGAGUAUAUAAAGAGAGACAAGCGCCUCAGAGCGAGCAUGUGUGAGGCGACAGCCAGAGCUAGUGGAGGAACGAAGGCUCCCCCGCCCCCUCCUGGCCUGAUAAUCAUCAUCAUUUUUUUUGUUCUGUUUUGUUUUGUUUUUGUUCAUGGCAAAAUGAUAUCCAUCUUUUUUUUCUCUCAUUUGAAAAAUCUAGUGGACUAAACGAAGCGA